AUGAAAGACGACAAUGCUCCUCCAGCUUAUCAAGCUACAGACCCGGAGGCUCAAGGGUUAAACAGUCAACAACCCUUUAUGGCUCCAACGAAUAACACAAAUAAUAGUCCCUUUGCCACUUCAGAUGAUUUCGACUAUUCCACCAAAAUUGCUUCAUGUUCUCCCAAAGUCCGUAAGAAUUUCCAAGCAAAAGUUUAUACCAUCUUAUCAUCACAAUUAUUAUUAACAUUAUCUUUGGGAUGUGCCACCUAUAAAUUUGAAACUAUGAAAUAUUUCUUCCAAACACAUAUAGGAUUUUUUUACCUAUGUAUGUUUGUCUCUUUAAUAGCAUGUUUUUGGAUAGCUUUGUCUCCCAACCCAGAUGAUUAUUUAAGUGAUUUACAAGAAAGUACAAACCAAUUCGAUUUAACUUCAAAUAAUUUACCAUGGUAUGUCUUAUCCAAGAGAGGUCAACAGAUUUUACUUGGGAUCUUUACUUUAGCAGAAGCUUACACUUUGACUACAGUGACUUUAAUGUAUGAUCAGCAGACUGUUUUAUCUGCCAUCCUAAUAACAACAAUGGUCGUCUUAGCAGUGACCAUGCUAGCAGUAUCCGACAGAUUCCAAAUGUGUUUUGAAACUAUGAAUUCCAUCUAUUAUUGGAUGUAUGGUGCAGUUUGGUUAUUGAUUGCUAUUGGGUUUUCUUCAUUUAUCUUUGGUUGGAAUUCCAAGAUGAAUUUGAUAUAUGGUUGGCUAGGUGCUAUUGUUUUCACCAUUUAUUUAUUCGUUGAUACUCAGUUGAUCUUCAGAAAAGUCAGUUUAGGAGAUGAGAUUAAAUGUGCCAUGAUGCUAUAUCUAGAUAUCAUUAAUUUAUUCUUAUCAAUAUUAAGAAUCUUAUCCAAUUCUUCCGACGACUAA